AUGGCGUCCCACGCUCUCCUCUCAUCUCCUCUAUCCUCACCCUGUCUUCCCGCAUCUCUCAUUCCUCUCUGCUUCGCUGUUAAUCUCACCUCACCUACCCAUUCUCCCAUCUUAAUGGCCAUUAAUAGUUCUUCCAAAGCUAGGGCUUCCACUCAAGGGACCCAUCCUGUUAACCCCAUUCCUAUUUCAGGAGCUGGGUCCCCCCCCCCCACACCCGACUAUAAUGGCCUCUCCACUUCAAUGGAUCCCGCUCAAGAGAAAUUGCAAGCUUCCACUCCCAUUUCAGGAGGUGGGUCCCCACCCACACUCGAAUCUAAUGGCAUCUCCACUACAAAG